AAAACUCGUCGAUCAAUCACGGUGACCUCGUUUCAGUCUCCGUCACUCUCGAUCAUUUCUUCUCCACCCAUCGCUCGCCAAUUCGUUUGGCGGCCUCGGAAUUCGCUUCCGGUUCUGCAUGAAUCCCCGCUUCGAGCCCUAGGAGCUCCAUCCUUCCCGCGAUCUCUCACGGUGGAUACCCCUUCGUCGACGGAGGAGAGGGGAACGGAGGCCGACAGGGGGUCGGAGAGGGCGCGCUCCGGUCUGGGGUCAGGGUUCCGGUACCUCACCGGGGUCGCCGGCGGCUGGUGGGAUAGGUGGAUGGUAAUGGGGGCCGCGGGUUCCAAGCUCGAGAAGGUCCUCGGCGACCAGUUCCCGGAAGGCGAGCGCUACUUCGGCCUCGAGAACUUCGGAAAUACUUGCUAUUGCAACAGCGUCUUGCAGGCUCUUUAUUUUUGCAUUCCUUUUCGGGAGCAGUUACUAGAUUAUUAUGCAAAUAACAAGAAUCUGGGAGAUGCUGAGGAGAACCUUUUAAUGUGUUUGGCUGAUCUAUUUUCUCAGAUUAGUUCCCAAAAGAAAAAAACUGGUGUUAUUGCUCCAAAGCGAUUUGUGUAUAGAGUGAAGAAACAGAAUGAGAUUUUCCGCGGAUACAUGCACCAGGAUGCUCAUGAGUUUUUGAAUUUCUUGCUGAACGAACUUGUUGAUAUUCUUGAAAAAGAGUCUAAUGCUUUAAAAAGUCCCCCGGAGGCCUUGUCACCGUCUGAAAAGAUUAGCAAUGGACCAAGCCAUCCUGUGAUGAAUGGUGUCAGAAAAGAGCCAAUUGUUACGUGGGUUCACAAGAACUUUCAGGGCAUAUUGACUAAUGAAACACGAUGCUUAUGUUGUGAAACUGUCACCGCAAGGGAUGAGAUGUUUUUUGACUUGAGCCUUGAUAUUGAGCAAAAUAGUUCUAUAACAAGCUGCCUCAAAAACUUUUGUUCGACAGAAACUUUAAAUGCUGAGGACAAGUUUUUCUGUGAUAAGUGCUGCAGUUUGCAGGAAGCACAGAAGCGAAUGAAGAUCAAGAAGCCACCACAUAUCCUUGUGAUCCACCUCAAACGCUUUAAGUACAUGGAGCAGCUUGGCCGGUACAAGAAGCUAUCCUACCGUGUUGUGUUUCCCAUGGAGCUGAAACUUAACACGGCCGAGGAUGCAGACUCCGAGUACAUUCUUUUUGCAGUUGUUGUCCAUGUGGGGAGCGGCCCCAACCAUGGUCACUAUGUCAGCCUCGUCAAAAGCCACAACCACUGGUUGAUGUUCGAUGAUGACAACAUCGAAAUGAUUGAUGAAUCGACCGUGCAGACAUUCUUUGGGUCCUCUCAGGAGUACCCAGGCAACACAGAUCAUGGUUACAUCUUAUUCUAUGAGUGUCUUGGUGGAAAGAGUUAGAGAGCUAGCCUGUUGUGAACAAUGAUUUCUUGGGUGUUUUCUACCUUCAAAAGCUCAUCCCAGUGUUCACUUGAUGGAACAAACAGUAUUGUGGGGUGCGAUAUUUUAGGUGGAAAAGCAGUGUACAGUAGUAGAUGGUGGUGGAAACAAAUAGCCCGUUGGUUCAAAAGAAUAAAACAGAAAUGUAGGUGGGUGGUGAGAGCUUUAGGAACAACUCUUGUAUUCUUUUCCUUGUGGGCAUGGAUAAAUAGAAGAUAGAGGAUUCGUUUCUCCCACUGCUCAUUGUUGUUUGUGUAGGCCUGCCUGUACAAUAACAUGUCUGGUGACAUAAUUGAGCCAAUAAAUGCUUGUUUUAUCACGUUA